CCAGUAGAUGAAGAAAUGAGGGAGCCAGUCUGCUUCAGACCAGAUGUGACACAUCACUAAUGCUUGCAGUCCAUGGGUUCCCCCACGUCACAGCAGUGGUCAACACUAUCUCGCAACACCCAGCAAAGGGGUGGAGGAAGUCCCCGCAGUGGACUGAUGCAGCGAGCUGUCUAGCGCUGCCCAUGUUGAGCACCUGUGAAGGCAGCUGCUACGGGAUCGGACGUGAGGGGGCGCUGCUGCCCUUGACCACCACGCCGUUUUCACCAGGACUGGAGUCUCCACGAUCCGUGACCACUUGGCCAUCACCAGAGCUGGCAGACCACUCAAUUCUUGGGAAUUACUCACAGUCUUGCACUGUGCAUUCUCGGAGGGCCUAGCAGAGUAGUGGGCGGUCCUGCAGCCAUGGGAGAAGAAAGGGGCAUGACACGGAUGCUACUGGAUUGCAGUCUCAGUGACAAGUUGUGUGUUGUCCAGGAGGGACAGUAUGAAGUGGUCAUCGUCCCAGCUCUCCUGGUUGGUGCUUUUCUCAUCCUUCUUGGUGUCAUCCUGUGGCUUUUUGUAAGGCAGCAAAGAGCCCAACAACAGCAUCCAGGACUCCAAGGCAUUGUUCCCAUGCCUCCAUCUAGGGGCCUAAGCUGGGAAGCAGCAGGACAUGGAGGAAAUGUGUUUGUGCCACUUAAGGAGACAUCGGUGGAAAGCUUUCUACGAGCUACCAAUCCUGCCCUGGCUAAGCUACAGGUGCCCCGAGAGCAACUCUCUGAAGUUCUGGAGCAGAUCCACAAUGGUAGUUGCGGAGCCAUCUAUCGAGCCAAAAUGAACACUAGGGACCCCGCUAAGCCGAAGAGUGUUGUCGUCAAGGUUUUAAAAGAACCAGUCGGGCUGCAUGAGGUACAGGAUUUCUUAGGGCGAAUCCAGUUCUAUCAGUACCUGGGGAAACACAAGAACCUGGUACAGCUGGAAGGCUGCUGCACAGAAAAGCUGCCACUCUAUAUGGUGUUGGAGGAUGUAGCCCAGGGGGACCUGCUCAGCUUUCUCUGGACCUGUCGUCGGGAUGUGAUGACCAUGGAUGGUCUUCUCUAUGAUCUCACAGAAAAACAAGUAUAUCACAUCGGAAAGCAGGUCCUUUUGGCGCUGGAAUUCCUGCAGGAUAAGCAUCUGUUCCACGGGGACAUCGCAGCCAGAAAUAUCCUGCUCCAAAGUGAUCUUACUGCUAAGCUCUGUGGACUGGGCCUGGCUUAUGAAACUCACACUCUAGGGGUCAUCUCCUCUACUCAAACCAUACCUCUCAAGUGGCUCGCCCCAGAACGGCUUCUCCUGAGACCUGCUGGCAUCAGAGGGGAUAUCUGGUCCUUUGGGAUCCUUCUCUAUGAGAUGGUGACUCUAGGGGCACCACCGUAUCCUGAAGUCCCUCCUGCCAACAUCCUACAGCAUCUUCAGAGAAGGAAAAUAAUGAAGAGACCCAGUAGUUGCACACACACUAUGUAUAGUAUCAUGAAGUCCUGCUGGCGCUGGAGUGAGAACGGCCGCCCCUCACCCAAAGAGCUACGCUUGCGCCUAGAAGCUGCCGCUAGAACUGCAGAUGACAAGGCUGUUUUGCAAGUACCAGAGUUGGUGGUGCCCGAACUAUAUGCAGCUGUGGCCGGUAUCAGAGUGGAGAGCCUCUCCUAUAGCUAUAGCAUCCUUUGAAGACCUCCAGGCAAGAAACACUUAUGGGUGAUUUUGUACUCUUGAACCAAUUCCUCCAAAAACAAAGAAUGGACUUUCUAGUGGGACAUACCGGAAGAAAUGGGACAUGGGUCCUGGAUCUUCCCUUACACAUUUCCCUAGAAAUCUGAAGAUUGCUGGAUGAGGCUCUACACACCACAUGCCUUUGAGCUGAGAAGUACUGUCAGUCUCAUCUCCGCUGUCCCAAUCCUAAAGAUGCUGGGUAGAAGGGUUGGAGUGUCAUUGCAAAUGAGAUUUUAGAAAUCUGUAAUGUUUAUUGGGUCAUGGCAAAAAUAAGCUGGUUCUUCCCACCUCCAGCUAGUUUCCUCCAGAACCAUGUUUUUAUUUAGCCUCUUAAAAGGUCCAGGGAAUUUGGGAACAGAAAUCCAAUAAAGGAGUUGAUGAGAAAGAAAAUUCAAGGUUCUGUUUGCUCAGGAAUAUAGGUUUGAAGCAAGAGAAGGCAGAGGGACAUAAAGUUCUUCAGUCCUGGUCCUUUCAAGUAGGGUUGGAAGACAACUAUAAAGGAAAACAUCUGAGUUUCCCCUUGAGUACAGAUGGUCCCCUUUUAUCUAAUGCUGUACAACUUUUAAUUAGAAGCUGGAGGAAUCAUUUCAUGAUUAAGAACAUUCAACGUGUUUUGUUCAUCAAGCUAGAUUCCUAGUCCCUAUAAGACUAAGGGGAGUAACCCUAGAGAGCCAAAGUUAGAUCAGUGAUGAAAAUGUUGUGUGUGAGCGUAUGUGUGUAAUAAACAGGAA